AUGUUGGUGGAGAAAAAAAAUGCCUCUGCCACACCUCCCACACCAUUAAAGACAGGUACUGGAGAAUUUGUUUAUAUGGAAGGGACAACUCAGAAGCAGGACACAAAAACUCAGCCUAAAUCCAAAGGAAAGGCCACAGGCUCUUCAACUGAGCCUCAAAAGUUGAUGCCACCUGACCCUACCCCAAGUGAACAACAGCAGUCCCCAUCCCCAUUCAAUGCCAUGGAUGCCACGCGUGCAGAUGAGAUGAUAGACAAUGACCCUAUUGACCAUGGAGAUAUACCGCUGGCUUUGGGGGCUAUUGAUGUACCUACUGUAGGUAAUUAA